AUGGCGGCAAUGGCGAAUAUUGCUAAUACCGUGGAAGCCAAUGCUGCUGCAACUCUGCAAGCUGUGCAGAGAUUAGGCCAAUCGGCUGGGAAUGGGAAUGGCAACGGGAAUGGUGAAAUGAAUGGCAAUGAUAAUGUUGAGGGUAACGGUGAUAACACAGGAGGAGUUCCGAUGACCUUGGCGACGUUCCUCAAGCUAGCGGCAGAGGCCCAGCCCUGGUGGCAAGCUGAGUGUCGUUUGCUACAGCUGCAGAAUGCCGACAUUCCAUGGGAGGUGUUCCAAACGGCUUUCUAUAAGAAAUACUUCCCUGAGUCUACAAGGGAAGCAAAGGAGAUGGAACUAAUGCAGCUGAAGCAAGGUUCCCUAUCUGUGGCGGACUAUACCAACAAGUUUGAGGAGCUCUGUAGGUUUUCUAGGGUGUGUCAAGGUGCCCCAGAGGCUUACGAGAGCUGGAAGUUCAUCAAGUAUCAGAGGGGGUUGAAGGACAACAUCAUGACUGCUGUGGCUCCAUUGGAGAUUCGUACUUUCUCUGACUUGGUGAACAAGGGUAGAGUAGUGGAAGAGUAUGCCAAGACCGUGGCAGCAUCCAAGGACACUCAUGGAGGGAGCUCUAGUUGUAGGCGUGGCAAGUAUUUUCAUUCGAGAGGACAAAGCUUCAAGAGAGGAAGAUAUGUGCCUCAAGGCCAAGGAGGCUUCAGAAAGAACAAUCAGAAUCAGUUUCAAUAUGCUAAGGGAAGAGGAAAUCAGAGUAAAAGUUCUCCAGAUUUAACUUGUAAUCAUUGUGGACGUUUCCAUCCUUAUGACUCAUGCAAAAUUGGUUUAGGUGGUUGCUUCAAGUGUAGGUUUCCUGGUCACAUUGCGAGGGAUUGCCCUCGUGAGAGAAAUCAAAAUGCGGGCUAG